UUCCCACCGAAAAAGGGGCCACAGGCUUGAGCAACUUGGGAAACACGUGCUUCAUGAAUUCGAGCAUCCAGUGUGUCAGUAACACGCAACCUCUUACCCAGUAUUUCAUCUCGGGCCGACAUCUGUACGAGCUUAACAGGACAAAUCCAAUAGGAAUGAAGGGGCAUAUGGCUAAAUGCUACGGGGAUUUGAUUCAAGAAUUGUGGAGUGGAACCCAAAAGAACAUUGCUCCUCUCAAGUUGAGGUGGACUAUAGCUAAAUAUGCCCCAAGAUUUAAUGGCUUCCAACAGCAAGACUCUCAGGAGCUCUUAGCUUUUCUCCUGGAUGGGCUCCAUGAGGACCUGAACCGAGUUCAUGAUAAACCCUAUGUUGAACUGAAGGACAGCGAUGGCCGGCCAGAUUGGGAGGUAGCGGCGGAGGCCUGGGAGAAUCAUUUGAGAAGGAACCGCUCAAUUGUGGUCGACCUGUUCCACGGGCAGCUGAGGUCCCAGGUGAAAUGCAAGACCUGUGGACACAUCAGCGUUCGUUUUGACCCUUUUAAUUUUUUAUCGUUGCCUCUUCCAAUGGACAGUUACAUGCACAUAGAAAUAAUAGUAACUAAGCUAGACGGCACGACUCCUGUCCGAUAUGGACUCAGGCUGAAUAUGGACGAGAAGUACUCCGACUUGAAGAAGCACCUGAGUGAACUUUGUGCCCUGAAGCCAGAUCAGAUCCUCCUUGCAGAAGUACACAGUUCAAACAUAAAGAACUUUCCGCAAGACAACCAAAAAGUCCGGCAUUCCACAACUGCCUCUUUGUGUGCGUUCGAGAUACCAAUUCCUGGAUCCCCCACUUCAGCUUCUUCAAGUCCCUUGCAAACAGAUUUUUACCAUGGACAGUCGGCUAAUGGGAUGAUCAACUGCCUGAUGAAUGGUGACCUUCCACGGUCCACCUUGAUCCCAAAUGGAAUGCCAAACACAGUGGUGCCCUGCAGGAUAGAGAAUGGUGUGACAAUGAAUGGCCAUGUGACCUCACCUUCCGACAGCCCAUUCAUAGGCUACAUCAUUGCAGUCCACAGGAAAAUGAUGCGGGCCGAAAUGUACUUCCUCUCAUCUCAGAAGAACCGGCCAAGCCUCUUUGGGAUGCCCCUGAUCGUUCCCUGCACAGUUCACACGCGGAAGAAAGACUUGUAUGAUGCUGUCUGGAUUCAGGUUUCUCGACUUGCAAGUCCCCUCCCUCCCCAGGAAGCAAGUAACCAUGCUCAGGAUUGUGAUGACAGUUUGGGAUACCAGUACCCCUUCACUCUUCGAGUGGUUCAGAAAGAUGGCAACUCCUGUGCCUGGUGCCCCUGGUACAGGUUUUGCUACGGGUGUAAAAUUGAUUGCACAGAAGAAAGAGCUGUGAUGGGGAAUGCAAACCUCGCUGUCGACUGGGAUCCCACUGCACUUCAUCUCCGCUACCAGACCUCACAAGAACGGAUAGCAGAGGAGCACAGAAGUGUGGAGCAAAGCCAGCGCGCUCAGGCCGAGCCCAUCAACCUGGACAGCUGCUUGCGGGCCUUCACGAGUGAGGAGGAGCUAGGUGAAGAUGAAAUGUACUAUUGUUCCAAGUGCAGGACUCACUGCUUGGCCACCAAGAAGCUGGACCUGUGGAGGCUUCCCCCAAUCCUGAUCAUCCACUUAAAGCGCUUCCAGUUUGUCAACGGCCGCUGGAUAAAGUCCCAGAAAAUCGUCAAGUUUCCCCGUGAGAGUUUUGACCCAAGUGCCUUCCUGAUGCCAAGAGAUCCAAGCUGCUGGCCGCAAAAGCUGCUGACGCCACAGGCAGACGAUCCCGCGGAGCCGCUGAUUCUGCAGGAGGAGUGUCGGAGGACGGAGCAGCGAAGCAUCACUGUGGCUGGGGAGGGCGACGUUCUCACCAGGAGCCCUUCCUCUCUCAACACUUCCGGCAUCCUUAAUAAUAUUCGAGCAUCACCGUCCUCCGCAAGGAAGUGUGCAUCCAGCUCUUCACCGAGUAAAAACCUUAGUCCAACCAAUAGCCCGAGGACUUUGGGCAGAGGUAAGGGGCGCCUUCGGCUCCCCCAGCUCUGUAAAAACAAACUGUCGAGCAGCAAAGAGAACCUGGACACAAGCCGAGAGAACGGUACCCAGCCAGACCCAAAGGCCGCGCUUGACCAAGGGGACUCCUCGGGCAGGGAGCAGAGUUUGGGGGAUGGCUCAGGUGAACUGGGGGCUGCUCAGGACAAUGAGAUGCAGUUAACCAACGGGUACCUUUGCAAGCAGAGCUCUCACAGCAACAACAGCCUCAACGGUCCACUGGAAACCCGCCGGGAAGAGGAGCUGGCGGAUGACCAAAGAGGAGAAAUCUGUAUUAAUCCCAUUUACAACUUAUAUGCAAUUUCGUGCCAUUCAGGAAUUAUGGGAGGAGGCCAUUACGUCACCUAUGCCAAAAACCCAAAUGACAAAUGGUACUGUUACAACGACAGCAGCUGUAAGGAAUUGCACCCUGAUGAAAUUGACACAGAUUCUGCCUACAUCCUUUUCUACGAACAGCAAGGAGUGGACUAUGCACAAUUUUUGCCAAAGAUUGAGGGCAAGAACAUGGCGGACACCAGUAGCAUGGAUGAAGAUUUUGAGUCCGAUUACAAAAAGUACUGUGUCCUGCAGUGAGCAAAACGGGUUUCUAAAGGUUGGUCCAAGGACAUUGCACCGCUAGGUUGGCAAAAAAACAAAAAGGAAAUAUGGUUUUAACGGAGCAGAAGAGCUAGAUGUAGUUUUUAUUUUUUAUUUUUUUAUUUUCCCCCUGUGAUCUGAAAGCACAACUCCAGGGAAAAAAAAAGCAGGGGGAGAAAGAGAAACCCUAAUUAAAACGAACAUUUAUAAGAUGGCACUGCUUUUGUUCCCAUCUCUUGCUCCAUGCCCAGAAAGUGGGGUGGGGGAACACCCAUGGGUUAAAUUGUUUUAUUUUGCCGUCAGCCUUUAAGCUGGUUUGACCUCAGCCAACGAGGACUAGAUAUAUUUAAAGUUUUAGAUAAUCCAGUUAAGAGCCAGAAAAACAGGAGACUGUUCUUUCCUUUUACCGAUUUGCUCUUAGGGACGUCUGAAGUGAGGUGGGGUUGGGGAGAGAAAUAACUUUUUGGAAGCUCUCUUCAGAUUUCAGAUGAGUAACUUGUAGUGUUGUCUGACAACAUGAAAUUUCUACCUCCUUUUUCUGAAGUUUUAUUCCAUUUCCGUGAUGAGAAGAGGCACACACAGACUGCAGGAACAAGCCGCAGAAAAUCCCCACCCUUUCCUCUCCCAAACUUUCCAUUUUUUAACCUGCUGGUCACUUUCUCAGUUUAUGUGUGCGUUAGCAGUCCCUUUCCCUCGCCUUGAGAGUAGAGGGUUUUUUUUGUUUUUUGUUUUUUUGACCCUGUGCAACCCUUUUGGCUGUUCAGAAAGGUUUCAGAGCAGCUUCAGCAGCCUUUCGGUCCUUGAAACACCCUGGAGAUUUGGAAGCUGAGACGGCUCCAGGCUGUUGCUGGGGGCAACUAAUGAUUCGAAUUGACCUCCAGUUUGAAGCACUGGAUGGAUCGGAAUGCUCUCUGAGCCAAGUGUUUCUCCAUUUACUAGAGGGUACUUGGGGUAAGAAAUCUGCCCUGGUUCUGAAAAUGUUUUCACUGUGUGGCUACGCUGUGCCCUAAUCUUAAAACCUUCUUUCAAACGAAGCCAGCUCCUGACUUUCUAGUGUAUUGCAGGCCUGAUCUUGCAAUCAUUGUUUUGAGCCUGGGAUAGGCAAAUGGGGAGCCUGUCCCCCACCCCACCCCAAUCUCUAAAUCCCAAAGACGAUGGAGCCUGGUUGAGUGUUUGAGCCAACCAAAAAUGUAGCUGUGAUGGCUGAUGGGAAAGUACUGAAAGGAGGACUAUUGGCAGGGAUGUCCGUGGGGGAGGAGGGGUCAAAAAGUUCAAGAUGGUGUCCAUGACUGUGUGAUCCAAAUCCUACCCUUUUUUUUCCUCUUGGGUCACAUGUGUGCAAGAGAUGGGGCUUCAGAGGGGCAGUGGCAGCCACCAUCUUGACUUUUUGGACCCCAAGCAGCUGCCCCUCGCAAUGGAGAUGGAGCGUGAGAUCAACUGCCCCUUCCUCAAUACUACUAACACCAGUCCUACAUCUGUGGCAAACCUUCAGAAGGGGGAAAGUCCUCCCAAUAUUAUUCUCUCUUCCUUGAUUGGAGAGUGGCUGGUCAUGAUUGUUUUUAUUUGCACUUUAACAAUAAAAGCAUAGCAGAGUUCAUUUUAUCACUGUAAGUGCUUUUGGAAUGGGUGUGUGCCUGCCUGUGUGUGUCCUUUCCAUUCACUUUAUUUCAAAGAGCAAGGUAACACGUCUGAAGGAUGAUCAUUGGCCAUGGACAGGUGUUCGUUCUGCCACCCAACAUUGUUCCUGGAAGGAAUAUUUAUACUUCUAACUCACUCUGGGCAUUUUGACGUUCGCUUGCAGUAUCCCUUACCUUAACCAUCUGUUGAUGGGGAUUCACUUUCCAUUCUGAUAAAUCUUGGAAGCCACCCAGAGUCACGCAGUGAGAUGGGUGGCCCUAUAGAUUUAAUAAAUAAAUAAAUUUGGUGGCCAUCUCCAGCUGCCUGGGUGGAAGCUGAUUAGGAGAGCAGGGUAUCAAAGGAGUUGCGACAGCAUUCUGAUUUUUCAGGCAAGCUCUUUCGAGAAUGUGAUUGAAAAUUCUCGCUGACUCUGCUUUUGCUAAGCCAGGACCAGCUCCGCAGCUGACGUAAAUCAGACCCCCUUGUUCCUCACCUCUUCCAAAGCAGAUGAUUAAAUAAGGUUGAUCAGAGGUGGACAGGCCAUAAGUUCUUCAUCAAUGAGGUGUCUGAACCAGCUGUUAGAAAUCGAAUACAGUGACAUUUUAAAAUAACAAGCAAGGUUGGUUUUGCCACUAAUUGGGAAGCCUGUAGUAGGACCAUGUGACUAGAAGGUUGGGAAGAAGGACCCGGUUGAGCAAGUGGCUUCUUUAUACAAAAUAAAAUCCUUAAUAUAGCAGGGAGACGUCAAUAAGGAGCCUUCCUCUUAACAAGCUAGACUUCUUACCUAUAUGCAGGAUUUUAUUCUGUCUUACUGAAGAGGAACACGCACUAAUCUCAGCACUCCGCUCCUCUUUGAACUGGUCCCCUCCGAGCACGAGGUCGACCCCUCCCUUACUGGUCAAAAACUCACCCGAUUUCUUUUAGCUAGUUUCCACGCGGUUGGUGCCCUGUCCCCCCCAGCCAGCCCCCUCAGCUUACCUGCAUCAGGCUGGUCCUCUGCUGUCUUCUUCCAACUGCAGAGGCUACAGAAAGCUUUUUAAAACUUGCUUGUACCGUUUUCUGUCAGUUCCAAUGCACCGUUGCUUGUAAUCUCAGGUUGCAGAAGGGUUAGUCUCCUCUUGCAAAAGGGGACUUGGCGAACACGGAGGCGAGAGAAGGAUUUUCAUGUCUGAUUUUGUGGAAGUCUGCAGUUUAGCCUCUGCGUUGGUAGGCGAUAGAACGCAGCGAUCGCCAGCAGUUCAGUGCCUGGGCAGCCCAGCCUUGCACCCAGGAGGAUCUGACUCGCCCAAGUGACCUGGGUCCAUCAUGCAGCGGCCCGUACACCCAGUGGCCUGUGUGUGUGGCACCUGGUCACCCCCACUAGUGUGUGUGUGUUGAAGGGGGGGUCAUUUCAAAUCCAGGCCUUCUGCUUACAAGCCUCUGUGCAUGGCAGAAGGUUGUGGCGCACCCUAAGGCAGGCGGGAUCCCCAGUCUCUUAGCUCUACGUGCAGGAGCAGCCCACCAGCUGCCUUCCACCUGGCUCUGCACUCCAGCUCCCAUAAUCCCUGACCGUGCUGGUGAGGCCUUUUGGAAGUUGUAGUCCAGAGUAUCUAAUGAGGACUGGCUCCCCACCCCCUGUUUUAAUGGACGCCACAGCUCAGCUGGAUACUUUAUUAUCGCUACGGUUCCGUUUUGCCAAAAAGCAGGCAUCUUGGUAUGAAUUCCAUGAACUGUAAUGUAGAUUGUGGGGGAGCCAAAUCCUGGGGGUGGGAGUGGGGGGAGAUUCUCACAAUGCAUUGCUCCCCAAGUCCUUUUUCCUGACAUCUCUGAGCAUGGAGAAAAUCCCUACUUUAAAAUUGGGGGGGGGCAAUUACCUCUAUCUCUCGUAGAAGAUUCUUCUGCGCACCUCUUCAUAUCUUCCUUUCUUUUCAAAUGUUUUUUUUUUAUGUUUAAACACAUAGCAUGAUCGACUUGCAUCAUUUUUAAUCUGCCAUGCUUUGUUACAUUGGUUGUAAUUAUUAAUUUUUUUUAAGAAAAAAGGUUAAAUUAAUUCCUAAAUUUAAUAGGAAACAAAUUUAAGUUAACUGUUUAACUAUAUUCACUCUGUAAAUUAUUGUAUAAAACUUAUUGACAAUGCACUGAAUUUAGAAAGACCAUGUACAUAAGUACUGUGUAAAUAAUUUAAGAAAAAGUAUUAAUGUAUUGGGAUAUGAACUGUAUUAAAAAAAAAAAAGUCCAAGUAACUGUAUAUGGAGUGAACCUGUCUAUCUGUAAGUAUAUUAUUCCAACAAAUUAAAUACUGUGGAUGCAA